UGUUUCACAAGGAGGCUGACUGAGAAUGGAAGAGACCACCUUGAAGAUAGUACUAGUGGAACAAAGAACGGAGACCAAUGAGAAAUUAAACUAUAAUGGAAAAAAUAAUAUCUCAUCAAACAGGAAAAUUUAUAUGGAUUACAAUGCAACCACUCCUCUGGCACCAGAAGUGAUUGAGACAGUUAAAGAAGCCAUGUAUGAAGCAUGGGGCAAUCCUAGCAGUUCUUAUGAAGCAGGUCAAAGAGCAAAGAAGAUCAUAAAUGAAGCUCGUGAAAGUCUGGCUAAAAUGGUGGGAGGACGGUUCCAGGACAUUAUUUUCACUUCUGGAGGGACAGAAGCAAAUAACUUAGUGAUUCAUACUGCAGUGAAGGAUUUUAUGAAAAGCAGCAAACAAAGUAUUGUUGCAACAAGAGAAAACCACGAAGAAAAGACUUUAGGGACACUUCCACAUAUUAUUAUAUCUUGCAUUGAACAUGAUUCAGUUCGUCUCCCUGUAGAGCACCUGGUGAAAGAACAAAAAGCUGGUGAGCAAUUGACGAUACUUUUCUCUCAGCCCAUCUCAGAACUCAGUCAGCGGAUUGAAGUUAUUAACCACAAGAGAAAGGCCUCUGGUCUGCCAUGGAUCUUAGUACAUACAGAUGCAGCCCAGAUGAUUGGAAAGGGGCGAGUAGAUGUGCAGGACUUGGGAGUAGAUUACCUCACUAUUGUAGGACACAAGUUUUACGCCCCACGUAUUGGAGCCUUAUAUGUUCGAGGACUUGGUAUGAACACUCCUCUUCACCCCAUGCUGUUUGGAGGCGGACAGGAAUGGAGUUUUCGCCCAGGGACUGAGAAUACUCCAAUGAUUGCUGGUCUUGGCAAGGCAGCUGAAUUGGUGAAUGAGAACUCUGAGCUAUAUGAAGCUCACAUGAGGAAGGUUCGGGAUUAUCUGGAAAAAAGGCUUGAAACUAUAUUUGGAAGACAAAAUAUCCAUUUUAACUGUCGACUGGAAGGCUCUAAACGACUUUGCAACACCUGUAAUUUUUCUAUAUUGGGCCCAGGUCUACAAGGUUGGCUGGUGCUCUCACGUUGUAGGAGUUUACUAGCCAGUGUUGGGGCAGCCUGCCACUCUGAAAAGGGUGACGAGCCCUCAGCUGUUCUGCUUAGCUGUGGAAUUCCUUAUAAUGUUGCACAGAAUGCCAUACGCCUCAGUGUGGGCCGUAAUACAAGCAAAGAAGAUGUGGACCUGAUUGUAGAAGAUUUGAAACAGGCCGUGGCUGAGUUACAGUAGGCUGGAUACUUACAGUCAACAACAGUAACA